AUGGGAGAUUCUGGUCACAGUACAGAAGACCAGAACGCUGAUAAUAACGAUGCUGGUAAAAACCAGGCCCCUGAGUUUUCUGCUGGGGUGAAGGACUUCAUUGGUUGUCAGACUCCAGAUGACGUGCACUGUGCCUUGGCAGAAAUGCAGUCUUCAGCCUUUCAGCACAGGCCCUUGGGCCUCCUGACACACCCUUGCAUGGGACUCUACACUGAAUAUGGACACUGCCUUCCACUGAAUCCUUUGGAUCUCCAGCGUGCAGACAGACCUUUCACACUCUUGUACACCUGCUUCACAGGAGGCCGUUGUAAACCGAUCUUAAAAGCCCUGGCUGCCCAUUGUGCCUUUGUCUGCUCGCUCCAGACUGCCAAGGCCGCUGGCAACAUUGUGCGUAUGAUUUCUGAGAAGAUGAACCCAAAAGACCAUUCAAGAAAAUUCCUUUAUACCAAGGAAAAUAAUGCCGGCACUUGGCCAGCGUUACGAAGGUCUCGCUUUAGAGCUGCCGGUCAGCCUUUUCAGACCAGCUGUGCGCAAGCACAGCAGCAGAGCGGUCUGCGGCACCCGCGCGGUCCACACCCGCGCGCUCCCCGCACACCCGCGGGCGCAGCGAGAGAGAGAACCGAACCUUUGUCCGAUUCCCGAACACUGAUUUCACACUGCGAGGAACAAGUCUUAAGCGCGCCAAGUCGCAGACCUUCCCGCCUCCUCUCCGGGUGGUGGUCGACUGACACUGCGAUCGGGCGGGUGGCGACCCAGGCCGCUGCCCUGCCCUUCUUCCAGGACCAGCGCCAGCCCCCGGCCCCCUACGCCGCGCCCGUGCCCUACGCCGUCCCGGCUCCGAGCCUCCUGCCCGCGCCCCUGCAGCUGCUGCAGCCCGAGGUGAUGGCCAGCCUCCCCCGGGCCGAGCCGGCGCCCUUCACGCCCGCCGCUUUCCCCAUCCCCGUCCCCGGCGUCCUCGGCCCGCAGAUCCCGGGCGUCCUCGGCCCGCAGAUCCCCACGCUGCCCCUGCUCCCGCCCGCCGUGCCGCAGCUGCCCCCGGCGCUCCAGGUGCCCGCGCUCCAGGUGCCCGCGCUCCAGGUGCCCCCGGCGCUCCAGGUGCCCGCGCUCCAGGUGCCCCCGGCGCUCCAGGUGCCCGCGGUCCAGGUGCCCCCGGCGCUCCAGGUGCAGGCGCUCCAGCUGCCCCAGGCGCUGCAGCUCCCCGCGCACGCGCAGCCGGUCCAGCAGACGCACGCGCCCAACCGGCUCCUCCUGCAGCUCUACCGGGCCCUUCAGGCCCAGCCCGCCCUGAGCGCCCCGGAGCACGGCCACGCCGCUGUCUAAGAGGAUUUCAAGAUCAAUGCUUCCACGUCAUAUUUUGAAUUGACUGAAACUGGAAAUGUGGCAUCUUUUCUUCGUGUUAUAUUACCAAAAAUCACUGAUUUUUAAAUGAAUUUACAUGAAAAAAUGAAACUUUGUUGUUUAUGUUGGGUAUUAUGUGACAUUCACUUAAUUCGAAUUUGAACAGUGAACUCGUUACCUUUUCCAAAUUGUAAGUUCAGUAUUGAGCUGGAAAUACUGUAAGCACAUCAAAAAUGUUAUACACAUUUCUGGAACUGGAUUUGCUAUUAUUUCUUUAGGAACCUAUUUCCAUUCUAGUCAUUUCAAUAAAUUAAUC